AUGACCGUAAGACCCGAAUUAAGUUUUCCUGCGAAGGAUUUGAGGCGAAAUCUGAUCAGUUUACAACCGAUAGAGAACUUCGUGCCUGUUACUUGUGAUACAAAGCGUCCAAUUAAAUGUCUUAUCAUUGGAGUACAUGGGUAUUUCCCAAACAAAGCAGUGGAUAUUAUUCUGGGUGAGAGAACGGGGACAUCGCAAAGGUUUGUUUCACAAGCGGAAUCAGCUGUGCAACUAUAUUUCAAGGAAUUGGGCGUCGCAGUAGAUACCACAACGUUAGCAUUGGAGAAGGAAGGGACGGUUGCCAAACGAGUUGAGUUUUUUGUUGAUGUGCUCGGUGAAUACAGGGAAACUUUAGCAGAAGCAGACUUUAUUUACUUUGUAUCACACUCACAAGGUGUUCCGGUAACAGUGAAUCUAAUUGGGCACCUACUCAUUAAGGGAAUUCUACAAUUAGAUAUUGACAGAGUUUCUCAUAUGAGUGAUAAGCCAAUUUAUACACAGGAGAAGAUUGUUUCGGUUCUUGGUAUGGCUGGUGUGAAUUAUGGCCCUCUUUAUGGUGCGGACAAAAAUAUUUGGCUCAGACUAUUUAGUGUAGUGGAACGAAAGUCGUUAAUGGAGUUGUUUGAGUUCCAAAACCCGGCCACUAAACUAUCAAUGGAUUAUAUGGAGAAAGUACAGUAUAUCUUGGACGCUGGCGUCAAGAUAACCUUUGUUGGAUCAGUUAACGAUCAAGUAGUUCCGUUGUAUUCUUCAUUAGCUUCUUUCCUUCAACACCCUAAUAUACAAAGGGGCAUAUUUUAUACUUCACAAUGUGAUGUACCGCCAUUUAUUAUGGGGUGCAUCCUAGAUUCAAUAACAUUGCUAAACAGUGGGAAAAAAGAUCAAGGUUUUAUCAAAGAAAUAAGCCCCUACCUACAUGGACCUCUGACCGGUAAUGGACACUCAGAUUUGUAUUUUCAGUCUGAGGUAUACACUUACGGUAUAAAACAUGCCCUGAACAGUCAAUCAAUCAAACAUUGUCCUUCGCCGAUUAUUAGAAGUGAUAUUGUAUCAUUAAAAGUUAACCCAUAUAACCUUCCAUGGACCAUGCGAGGCUUACUGAAUGAGAUUGAGAAAGAGUUGGGGAAGGAAGAAGUCAAAAAACUAUACAAAUUGUAUGACGAAUGGGCACCUAAUACUCCAUUACACCAAAGCUUAAGAAUUAAGCUCAGUGGGGUAACCAGCAAAUUCUGA